AUGUCUUCCUCUAUUCCCUCUCAAUUCUCUCAAUCAUCUUCUUCGGGGCCCCAGACCAAGAUCGCGCUCGAUUCUAAGGUUAUCGCAAUCACUGGCGCAAAUCGCGGAAUAGGCCUCGGUGUCGCAGAAAGCUGCCUCGUAAAUGGAGCCGCCCGAAUCUACUCCAUCGACAUCGGCGAAACAGGUGAUGAUUUUGCAGCGCUCUCUCAACAUUUCCCGGGCCAGCUUUUCGCCCUCCAAGCUGAUGUAACCAAAGAAGCCAGUAUCUCAGCAGCAGUAGACAAAGUUAUCGAGGAAGCUGGGGCGCUGCACGGAAUGGUCGUGAAUGCAGGGCGGACAAACCACAAAUCAGCACUGGAUUUCACGACCGAAGAGAUCGAAUCACUUUUCUCCGUAAACCUAUUUGGAGCAUUUUACACGGCUAGGUGCGCCGCUCGGGCAUUCAUCAAGCUUGGCAUCAAGGGGGCGAUCGUCUUUACUGCGUCCAUGGCCUCCUACCGCCCCAACAAGCGCGUUCCGUCUACUCCCUAUGGUGCGUCGAAGGCCGGGAUCCGCAAUAUGACGCACACACUUGCGAUGGAGUGGGCUCAGCAUGGCAUUCGUGUAAACAGUGUUUCUCCUGGCUUGGUGAAUACUGCUAUGACAUACUGGGUUCCACAGCAGCCUGAUUGGGAGCAGCAGCUUAAGUAUUAUGGGGGGUUUCCGAGGCUUGCUGAGGUGCAGGAACUUGGCGGUGCUUAUGUCUACUUGUUGAGUGAUGCUGCGUCAUAUACGACGUCGAUUGAUAUCCCAGUGAAUGGUGUUAUUGGAAGUAGGUAA